UGUCACCUGUACGUGAAAUGAACACCUGUUGCCUGCGGGUUUAAAAAAAGAGACUUGCUCACAUUUCAGGUCGUUUGCAACGCCACAAAAGAUCAAGGCCCGCUUUUAGUUUGUGACACAGCCACAGGUUGGACUGAGAGGAACAUUCCAAGGAUGUGUUUUUAAAGGGAAAUAUCACCGCAGCACGCCACUAACCGAGCUACAGAUUGAACAUGCUGCAGGUUGUAUGAGUGACAGAUAUGGGGUCAGCGGGAUCAUAUUUGCAGACUUUCACUGUGCUGGCACUUUUUUGCCUGUUUUUGACCGCUGAAGGUGCGAGGACAGAGGUGCGUGGAAAGGUCGGAGGCGUGGUGGAGUUGGAGUGUAGUUUUCCUCCGUCAGAGCCACCUGCUGCGUCCUCUGCGUCCCUGCGUGUGGUGGAGUGGGUUCGACAAGGACUCGACAUCCCCGUCCUGAUCAAAUUUGGAUCCUACGCACCUCGCCUCCAUCCACAAUAUGAAGGGCGGGUGUCUCUGGUACGAGUCAUUGACCUGAGGCUGGAGGACCUGCAGCUGGGUGACCAGGGCUUGUACGAGUGUCGAAUUCUUUUACUGGAUGAGCCCACGGAUGAGCUGCAAAACGGCACCUGGACUGUGCUGUCUGUAACCGCCCCUCCCAUGUUCACUGAAGCCCCGCCCCCUGUGAUUGAGGCUCUCGUUGGAAGUUCCGUCUCUCUUGCCUGUGCUGCCAAUGGCAAUCCCACUCCGACCAUCACCUGGUUAAAAGAUGGCAGCGUGAUUCCAAGAAGAAAUGAUCAGGAAGGAGCCUUAUCUCUGCGAGCAGCGAGCAUGCAGUCAGCAGGACAGUACACCUGCCACGCCUCCAACUCUGAGGGAAACGUGACUCGCGUGACGAGAGUGAAGAUCAAAGGUCCGCCUGUCAUCAUCGUCCCUCCCAAAAGCACCUCUCUCAACAAGUCCCAGAAUGCACUCCUCCAGUGUCAGGCGGUGGCCGACCCCCCGAACAUGACCUAUGUGUGGCAGAAAGACGGCGAGAACGUCCAUCACAUUGAGUCUCUGAAGUCGCGAGUGAAGAUCAUGGUUGAUGGAACUCUGCUCGUCUCCAGUCUCAUCCCUGAGGAUUCUGGGAACUACACCUGCAUGCCCACCAAUGGCCUGCUGACCCCGCCCACAGCCUCCGCCAACCUCACAGUGAUGCACCCAGCCCUGGCUCUUCCAAUGCCCCCAGAAACGUACCUUCCCACAGGUAUGGAGGGCGUGGUCACUUGCCCUGCGGCUGCUCAGCCUCCGCUGCUCCGUGUGGACUGGACAAAAGAUGGAGAACCACUCGACCUGUCCUUGUAUCCAGGUUGGACAUUGACACCAGUGGGCUCGUUGUUCAUGACCACAGUCAAUGAUGAUACAGCAGGCGUUUACACGUGUACGCCAUACAACAGCUACGGCAGCAUGGGUUCAUCUGAGGCAACGAAUGUAAUUCUGCAGGACCCCCCAUCAUUCAGCGUCGCUCCAGAGGAGCAGUACAAACAGGAAGCCGGUAGAACACUGCUCAUCCCCUGUCAAGGAAACAAGGACCCUACAAUUAAAGUGACCUGGAGCAAGGUUGACUUGGUUCGUCGCACAUCUUACACCAUAGAACCCAACGGUUCUCUGCUCCUGCAGCCUCUCACUAAGGACCACCAGGGGGCGUGGGAGUGCACCGUUACUAAUCGCGUAGCCUCAGUGAAAGCCAGCACACAAGUCUUUGUCCUGGGAACCAGUCCCCAUGCGGCUACCGCGCUGUCCGUCUCUCCAGGGGUGAAGCAGGCCAACAUUUCCUGGGAGGCAGGCUUUGAUGGAGGAUCAGCACAGACAUUUUCAGUUUGGGUGAAGAAGAUUUCAGGGAGUGAUAAUGAUGGGAAGCAGGACUGGUUCUCUGUGCCUGUGCCCCCCUCCUCUGGCAGCAGGAUGCAGGUGACAGGCCUGUCUGCUGCCACCGACUACCAGUUCAGCAUCCUGUCUCACAAUAAAGUGGGCACAGGACCCUUCAGCGAGAUUGCAACCACUCGGACAUUGGAUCCUACACUGAGGAGAAGUAAACCGAAGCCCCCUGCCUUGCUGUCCGCUCAUCAGGGCUCAGCAGGUGUCAUACUGCGAUGGUCCCUUCCUGAAGCCCAGCACCCUCCCAUCACAGGCUUUGUUCUCCAAUCCCGCUCCGAGCAAGGGGAGUGGUUUCAUUUGGACGAGGACAUCAGUGCCAACAGUAGCAAGAUAGUCGUUCCGGGUCUGCACAAGGACUGUGUGUACGAGCUGCGGCUGCUAUCUCGUCGCGGGGAGUUGCUGAGCGAGCCCAGUCCAUCAGUCAAUGUCUCCACCAUGGGGAUGGAGAUCUACCCGGCCACAUCCCGACUCCUGGAGUACGUCCCGGAGCCAUUACUGGCCGGCGUGCUGGGCGGGGUCGGCUUCAUGUGCUUGGCACUGGUCUUGCUGCUGGGGUCCGCCUGUAUCAUCAGCCACAAGAGGGACCGGCGUCGCAGACAGAAGAAGGAUGAUUCCCCCUCUGCCAUCUAUAAAUGCUCCCCAUCAAUAAAGACUUCAGGCACUGGCAGUCCAGACAGUGUGUUGAAGAGAAGCCUACUUCCAGCCAGCAACCUCUAUCCCACCACUUCCUCUACCACCACCUCCUCCUCAUCGCAGACAGACUGUUCCUCCUUUAGCGCUGAGAAUCAUCAUCGGCGGAAGCAGCUCCUCUCCAAUUACAGCAGAGGCCGCCUCACUAGGACAACUUCUUCUCCCAUUUCUCCUCCAAUUGAGUUGAUCUCUAGAGGCCCAGAUGGGCGCUUUGCACUCCCACCAUAUGACAGUGACUCGCUGAGUGUUCACAGCAAGAAAAGCGGAAGGUAUGACCAAGCUAGAGUGCGGAGGUCUGUGUCGCUGCACUCGGAGAGGGGAGACAGAACGCAGCCGCCGUUCGUGCUCUCUGUCGAUCUCCCACCUUGCAAACCAGUAGAGGCUAAUUCCACGAACCAGAUUUGUGACCUGCCCCAUCUCCGCCCUUAUAUCUUGGAUCAGAAGUCAAGCUACGAUGGCUUUCCUGACUUCAGCAGCCUGUGCUCGAACACUAGUUUGGCCACCACUCCUCAUCAAGACAGAGGAAUAACUCCCACAUUUCCAGUGCUCCCACAUAUCCGAUCCAGCCUUGGUCAGCCAUCUACAACCGCCAGCACCCUGGUGCUCCAAAUGGAGCAUGAGCGGGAGGCGGGAAACCUAAGUCGCUGUCUGAGGCUGGCUCAGGAGAGGGAGGAGCUGGAGAGGGAGCUCCAGAGGUACACGCUGGAAAGAGGCUCCAUGAGAGAAAUAAAACAUGGGCAUUCAGACUUAGUGAAGAGAGACGCUGGUGCUAAUGAGCUUAUGUGGGAAUAUAAGAGCAGCACCUUGCCUCAUAGAUACCCCCAGGGCGGCAAUGAGGGCUUUGGUCUUCCACAGACGCAGUUCCCUUCAUCCUCGGAGCACUGGGAUGCCCGUCCUCUUUUCUCUCCUCUCACUCUGAUCUCAGCCCCGACCCUUACUAGAACAUCUUCACACACAAGUCCUUCUUAUCUUAACUUCGGCAACCAUCAUCCUGCUCUAUCCCUCACCAAACAGCCCCCCCUCCUAUCUGAGGAGGCAGGCAGUUUUUCCAAAGGCAGAUUAACUCUCCCACAUCUCUCCUCAAAGCACCAGAGACAUGAAAGGGUAGAGGCAGCACCAGAGGGCUAUGAUAAUUCACCACAAUCCACAGUCUUAGAAAUGCAAACGAAUGAUUCAUGCUCUGAGGCACGGAGACAGAACAAUCUUAGUCAUGGCGGCCUGACAACGUUGUCUUUCCAUAGCAGUAAAUAUACUGAAAGAUCUAAUUCGGCUCUCGACUCGGUGCCAGACUCUUCAAAAGCGGAGGUUGCAUUCCCCGAGCCCACUGCUGAAGACGUGUGUGUGGAGAUGAGUGUGGAUGAGCCAGAGUUGGAGGUGUGUGUGAUGCGGCCUACAAAGCCCAUGCUGCACCACAGAAUCGCCUCCCAUGUGCAACGAGGGCACUCGCUGACUCGCAGAGGUCAGCAUGAAGACGUGAGUAGGAGCGCAAGCCUUAACUGCCGCAGUCCUGCCUCUGUGGAUGAUAUUAUAACAGUUCAAGCUUCUCUGCGAAGUCCAGAACCAGAACUCCGGAGAGCUGUGACUCAAAGGUCUAGACUCUGGGACUCUAAGCAGCGAAGUCAGAGCCUUGACUCGCGGAGACGCAAAGAGAGCAGCUUCCUGACUCCUGAUGCGUGGAUAGACUCUCUCAGUCAAGAGAACUGCUCUGUUGCGUCCUCAUGUCGCCCAGACACUCUGUUUUGGGAACCCCAGAGCUCUCCCACUAGGAAGAUCUCCAAAUCUCCUGCAAAUUCUCCUUCUGCUACCCAAGCUGCCUCCCGGUCACCUCCUGCUGUGGAUGCUUUAUCUCUGAGGAGCAGAACAGAGAGGCCUGUACCAGAUGCUGACAUGUCUUGCCACUACGAGCCAACAAGAGAGGCGUCAGUCUUUCCCAGCGCUGCCAAAUGGCCAAUCGACUACAGGGAGGCUGUAAAAGAAGCAGAGGGUGCCUUGGAGGCCAUGAAGGAAGCUUCCAGAUGCGUACCACCCAAUGAUAAUUACCAAGAGGCAUUAGAGGUGGAGGCGGGGGGCUAUGAGGGAGUGCCAGAGUUUGGGAGCAGCUACAGCAGUUAUGCCAGCAGCGGGCGAGGCAGCAUGGAGCCUGCUAACGGACGCCUGUCGCUGUGUCACCUCUCCCCAACCUUCACCGGCUCACCUGAAACUGUAGAGGAGAGCCAGGGGAGCAAAGAGGACAAGCUCAGUCACAUGAUGGAAGCAAGCCAAAGCAGGAUGUUUUGUGACCUCUCCAGGAGAAAGGCCUCAGUUGAUGAGAAUUAUGAGUGGGAUGCUGCUGAUUUCUGCUCACAGCCUGGAGACCAUGCUGGUCUGCUUCCUCCGUCGAAUCUACUGAAGUCUGCGCCGUGCUGUAGUCUUCCCACAAUGCAGUGCUCCACUAAGGCACAGAAAAAUUGCCCUCAGCUCUCUCUGCUCCUGGGGCAUCAAAGCAGCUGCUCUGCUGAGCCAGAACCAGACACCGUGCUGUUCUGACAGCGCCAGCCUUCGGCUCAUCUCACCUGGUGUGUCCUUUCACUUAUUGACUCACAUCACAAGGUGGCAAAAAGUGCAUGUGGCAGAAAGUGAGCCUUUGUCUGAUCGAUCUUAUUCCCUUUUACUGACAAAAAAAAAAACGUCCUUUAAGUACAGAAUCGCUUUUAGGGAGGUAUUCUGCUUGGACUGUUUGUUCAGCUUCACUUGGAAAAUAAUGGUUUUCAACAAUCCAGGUCUCAGUGAAAAUAAUAAAGACACAAAAUCACCUUUACCCUUAUGCAGAGCUUUAAAAGUUUGUUUUGCUUUGUGACCCAUCGCCAUCACGCUCUUGGCAUUUUCUUUUGAGAAAGUCUGCCAAUCUGCCGAUAUCAAAGCUUUUCACUGUGCUGAUGGAUUCACCACGUUCUCUGUGUGUGGUUUGAUAUGCAUUCAUCAUCCAGGGAUGACUCAGUGGCUACACAAGGGACAAAACGAUCUCAGUCAUCAUCAAGUGACUGGUUUAGGCUGGGGAUGAUUAAGUUUUUAGAUAUCAUCCAUCACCUUUGAGUUUAAUAAGAGGUGUUUAUGAAAUGCCAAUAAGUAAGGAAGAUAAAUAGAAUUUGAAAUGCUUUUCUGCUGCAUUGUUACUGUUCUGCUUUAGUGUAACACUGUUUCUAAAAGUUUAAUUUCCCAACAGAGAUCAUUAUCAGCUUUUAUACCCGUAAAAUACUGUGAAUUUUUGGAAUCUAAAAACCUACGCAGUGUGGAUAAAAGCCUUACUUUCCUCUCCAGGCCGUCUCCUUGUUCAGCGAAGCAAGACCUCUAAUUAAGCUUGAUAAUUGAAGAGGGUCAAGACAACUUGUAGGGUUUGUCCUUGUUUAUUUUUUUACGGACAUAAAUGCAAGUCAGCUUUUACUUUUUUUUUUUCCUUUUGACUUUAAUUUAGCGAGGAUCAAUUCACUGAGUGAUGACUGUUUUUUCCUCACAGCAGCACCUGCUUUUUACUCAGUCAGUUGUUCACAUUGACACUUGGGAGCUGACAGAGGCACUGAUAAGUGGCACCAGUUGAGUGGUUAAAUGCUUUGUUUGAGGGCGCAUCAACAGCAGGUACUGAGCACAUCCUCGCAGCGCUGGGCAACAAUUCAACAUUAUUGCUUAUCGACUUACAAAGGAAUUUUGUAGUGAUGCUGUCAGUGCACAAAAUGCUGUUGUCCAAAUUAAGAGUUACAAUCAAAUCAAAAAUUAACAAAACAAUCUUUUAUUAUUUGAGUGGUCAGUCACAUGAGUAUUUCAUAACAACAAAGUUUUAUUCAUUCAUUCAUUUUCUAUAAUCGGCAUCACCAGACCAUUUCACAAAUGUUUCUGGAACUUUUCUGUUCACUUUUCGACGUCAAAAGGGCGUUGUCACCUGCUGCAGAUGGAAAUGCCUCUGGGCGCAAUUCAAUAGACCUACGACCAAUCAAAGCAACAAAACGUGACAUAGUGCUGAGCGUCAGACAAAUGCAAACAGACUACAGCAUGCAGGGGUGAUCGGUAAUGUAGCAAAGAACUUGUAUAUGUGAACGUGCUCACCUGGUGGAGCGGGCACCCCAUGUGCAGGGGCUGUGUCCUUGCAGUAGCGGCUGCAGGUUCAGUUCUGGCCCGAGGCCCUUUGCUGCAUGUCAUCCCCCUCUCUCUUCCCCCUUUCACACCAUAGCUGUCCCAUCAAGUAAAGGCCAAAGCCCAAAGAAAUAUCUUUAAAAAAAAGAAUAUGAAAUUAGUACUUCAACCGAAUGCUCCACAGCAGCUGCAGCCAUCUUGGUUGUUUUCAAAAUGCCUCAAGGGCACUCCUGUUAACUAGGCUAGGUUUGUGCUUGCCAUCAGUCUCCACAAGGGUAUGCAUGCCAAAUAUGACGCCAUCACAUAUUUUAUGUAAUGCACCAAGGCUCUGCAAAUUGUCAGCCAUUGUAUCUCACCCACCCUAUAUUAGAUAGACAGUUGUGAUUGGCCUGGCAUAGUCUCGCCACCAGACAAUCAGAGAUCUCCGCCUUCUGAUAGUCUGGGGACACUCCUUUCUAAAGUGUGUUUAACACACCGGCGAAAACGGCCGGCAACAAAGCAACGCCUCUUGCAUUUUUGAAAAGGACACGCCCUCCCGGAAAUGUGCGCUCCCCCUUUUCUCGUCCGCAAGGACACAAACACACAGAGAGCUUGAAAAUGGAUGCCGAGAGAUUUAACUCCGUUUUAUCAAACGUGUGCUCAGUCCACAAGAUUGUGGAAAUGAAGGACUUACAGCGACUUGAGCCAUUUUGUACCGCUGCACGUGUUUCUAGUCGGACUAUGUUUACAAGCACAAGAGUUCAGCGAGCCACCGAAGGACCGCCCUGCGGAUUUACUAUUGGUUCUGCAACGUAGGGAGUUUUUUUAAACUCUAAAAUUGUAUCCGCCCAUCUAAACACAAAAUCAGGGAGAAAGUCAUCAGUCUUUAGUUAAGCAAAGCGUCUCUAAAGACUGACUUGUGAGUCUAGGCUUGGCACGUCUCAAACCGGUGGAAAUCUGCCUGAACCGGAGGGGGGGCAAAAGCAAAUAAACCAUGAGCUCGCACGUUUGUUGGGUUCCCCGGCUAGAUUAAUAUCGAAGUGCCUGAAUACAGUUUUGCCAACUAUUUUCAAUGUAAACUAGCAAAAGAGUGCUUGAAAAGUCCCUAGACAUUGGUAGAUUGUGGUCAUGUACUAAUUUGCAUAUUCGUGACCUCAUUAUGUAAGUUUUUAAAUAUUUAUGAGAUGUAAAAAGAAGAAGUAAAAAAAGAAGUCAAGCUCAACUUAACUCACUCUAACUAGCCUUAUCAUUGGCUAAUAGUUUUCAAGUUGCUAUCAUCUCAUCAUCAUUAGGGCUGCAAUGAUUAGUCGACUAAUUGAUGACUAAUCAACUAUUAAAAUAAUCGGUGACUAUUUUAGUAGUCGACAUAUCGGUUUGAGUCAUUUUUCAUAGAAAAGUACUAUAAAAGUACCCCAAAAUACUCUUAUUGCAGCUUCUUAUGUUCAAAUAUUGGCAGCUUUACACACUCUCCCAUGACAGUGAACUAAAACCCUUUGGCGUGAGAGAGACAAAGGGGCAACUAGGGGCUGAGAGAAUUGAUGCGCUGCGUACAGCUCUACAAUGAAAUAAGAUUUUUCUUGUUUUAUAUACUGUAAAACUUCAAUUAAUGGCCCGAGGCUGUUAUUAUUUGCUUAAAUCACUAUAAUCAACAGCUUAAUAAAAUAAAAUAUUGCUCAGCAAAGAUUGUGAAAUACAAUCAAGUUGUUUAUUUAUCGAGUAUGAAUAUUACUUGUUCAAAAAUUAGGCUUCAGAUAGUAUAUCAAUUAUGAAUCAUUCAUUUGAUCUAGCUCCAACAGACAGCGCAUCAGACAGAGAGUGAGUUACAACACUUGAGGAUUACAGCAUCUAACAUACUGACACAACACCACUUUAUCCUGUUAAAACCAUACUCACGACUAUGAUUAAUCUUUUGAUCUGAGGACCCUUAUGGACUAAAGGAACAUUAAUAAGUUCCAGGAUAAUCGAGGAAUGAACAUUGGACACAACCCAGUUUUAUACAUCUGAAGAACUUCUAUUAAAAAACUGAACUGUUUGGCAUCCAGACCAGGCAUCUGAUUGAGACAGGUGUUUAAUGGUCAAAAUGUGUAGCAACACAUGACUAGUAGAAGGGACUGGGUGUUUAAUUGAAGUUAAAAAAGUGGCAACAUGUAGCGGCCAUUGUUGAUAUUGUGGCAGGCGGUCACAAAUAAAUCGAUGUAUGAGACAAAAUCACCUGUCGCUGUCGACAAAAGAGUCAACGACAGAAGAUGACUCAUGGACUUUCACGGGGCAGCUCUGGUAUGCAGGUUGUUGUGUAGACUGUGGAAUCAGACACUAGAAUAAAGUCACUAAUGUACAUGCUGAAGGCUGAGAGAACACGAAACCUAAACAGUCAAGUUAAAACAUAUUAGAUAAAAGGAGAAGGUGUGCAGAUCAGUGAUUGGUUGUUUGGUACACACAUUCACAUCUCAUUCACGUGUCUGUCUGGCAGAUGAUUGGUUGACUGAACGUGCUGCUGCUCUCCCCCGCUCGCUGAACACAGUCUGUCCACAUGAGAGCACAUUCACUGAGAAAUAUUGACUCUCUUUGUGGGAAGGGAGCACAAAUUAAUUUUGCUUAGCCACUUACUGGUGCGACUGGGCACUCGCAUGUGCAGAGUUUCAUCUGUUGUAAGUCCAAACAGUGGAGCACAGUCCAUUACAUCCAACGUCAGAUCUUUUAUGUGGCAUAUCCUGAAAAUUGGACACCACUGAUCUCGCUCAGCCUCGCUUACCAGUGUAAAUUAAGAUUGUUCCUGUUAGCUCUGGGGGCUCAAACCAGCUACGUUCCUGGCACUAACCUGCCACCUCUGAUCCUAACCCUGCUGAGAGCAACAUGCUUAUGCCUCAUGCUCUCUUUUCUUCAUGAACAAUGGAGGGAAAUUGGGUUUCGCUUGCUGCACUAGCUCUAGGCCUUCACAUUAGUCAACCAAAUAAUUAACUCAGAGCUCCACAGUGUACCAGAACAUUGUGGUGUAUCCAUCCUAUAAUUGAAAUUCACUCAUAGAGGCUACAUUUACUGCAAAUCAAUGUUUCACUUCUGUAGAACAUUUCCUUUUCCUGGUGUACACAUAAUGUACCUCAAACCCUACGUGCUGCUCUGGGGAUUUGUAGUCAGCACUACUUUUUUGCCUACGUUUUUGAAAUUGAAUCUAAAUAUUGUGGUUCCAGUGCAGCAAACAAGGAAAAGUAUGUUAAAAUAUUUUUAAAUAUACUGGAUUAAAGAGCUUUAAAGACAUGAUUCUGCCAUUCACUGCUAAAACCUGAGGGAACGGCUAUAAACGUUCUAGCAGGAAAUGUACGUAUUAUUUGGAUAAACCGUUGUUUAUAAUACAACAUCACAAAGGAAACCUGUCCACAGAGAGUCAUGGACAACAGCGAGGGCUCAUAAACCUGAUUGUUAUACUGCUACCUUUUUCAGUUAUUGUGUGUACUUAGGAGGAUUAGCUUUAAAGCAAGCAGUCUUUUAUUAUGGCCAUUAAGCAGCGAAUGAAUUAUUUGCAAAUGCCAGGAAGUGACUCUCGAAGCUAGAAACCAAUCAAGGUCUUAUGAAAAUAAAUGUCAUAUACAAAUUGAAAAGUGUAACCAUACGCUGUUUAUGUUAGCUUGGUAAGGUCUGAAACAACAAUUAGUGAGUAACUUGAGUCUUUAUGCAAGUGAAUGUCAGCAAAAUGUUAAAGUUUCCCAGACUGGCUUAUCUGUAUUUAAAUCAGUCGGUGGUGAUAGCACACUAGACGGCAAGUUCUUAUUUCUAGAAAAAAAUGACACACUUACAAUGUCUUUUUUUAAAAAUCUACCACUUCUACCAAUUUUCACUGGAAAAAUACCCAGAUUUAUUUUGACUGCAGCAGACCAGUUUGAACUGAUUCUACCCUCCCAGAACAAUCAAAAGUUGUCUUUUCCGCUGCAAGACGAGGGUGUUUGCUGGAGUGAAAUGCAAAUAAGCUGCUGAGUGUGAGUCCUUCUAUGUGAUUAAAAAAACUCCAACUGUUAAAGAUCAGAAAGUUUUAGCAGCAAAUGGUAUUGUAAUAUUCCAAGUCUCACCUGCUUUUUUUGUAUUAUUACUUUUAUAAAUUGGAUUUUCACACAUUAAAAAAAUAAUACAUUGAUAAUCUCAAAUGUUUUCAAAGCCUCUGAAAACUUAAAAUCUGUUGUAUUUCCCAAUGCCUUGAAAUAUUCAUGACUAAAAAAGAAACCUCUAAGACUGACCUUGACUAAAACAACCCACCGAGUGUCAUCAGAUUCUGUUUCAAAUGCUACUUAAUCCUGAUUUGUGUGCAGAAGUAGUUUUCCAUCCCAGCCAAGACCAUUUCAAACUAGUGAGGAAAGCAAACAGGGGAUAGAAAGGAAAACAGAGAUCUCUCAUGUGAAAUAACCAAAACUUUUGUAACUUGGACAGCAAAUAGUGUGUUCAUGUGAGGUCCCAUUGCUCCCAGUAGGAAGCUGUUAAACGUUCACACACUCAUGUUGGCAUACAAUGUUAAUACAAGUGAUUUUUCCCAGCAGAUUAUGCAUAAAGACAGCUUUUGCCAUGACAAAGUAGAGCUCCUUUCCCACUGGACAGAAAACCCACAAUAGCCACUAACAUCUGGCUUUUGUAUUGAAUGGGAAGGGUUACAAUUGGCAUCACACCCGGCUCAAAUGACUCCGCCGUUGUCACUUGUAGUUAUCGACUGAACAACUAACUAUACCAUCUACCAUCAUAAUCUCAGCCCUAGCAGCACUCGAACAUUGAUCCAAAUUUAGUCAGCAACAACCCGUCUCACUCUUAAGUCGUCAAAAUCCAGCGCUUGGGAGUGACUUGUGGCAUUAGACACAGAUGAAAAAGCCAACCUUUGACGUUGGCAUGAUUCGUGGCUGGUUGCCGUUAUAGUUUGACGGUGCCUGGCGGCGUCAGGGGGAAACGUGACGGGACAAGAAUGAAAGUUUUGGCAGUGCAAGUCCGACUGGGCUGAGCAGGAUGGGUCCAACAAAUACCAACUUUCACCAGGGAGAGUGGUGUUUGCAUCCCGUAAGAUUCUAAAGCCAAACCAUGUUCUUUUUUCCUAAACCCAACCAUGUGCGUAUGUUGCUGAAGGUGAAAACGGAAGUAUAUUUUGAAAGAAGACAAUGCAUGUAACAGGCAGAACUUGACUUGGUGUCCCAGAACGUCAACAACCAACACACAGGGUACCUUGCACGUCGUGUCUGGAUGCUAAAAGUCCAUGACCAAACGUCGAUAUGUGACGAGGUCGGAGUGAGAAUGUGUUGUCAGCAAUGAGUUUGAGAGAGAGACUUAAAACGAAGAAGUAACCACGAAUCCUUUUCACAGGCCUCCAUGCUGCUUGACUAUUGACUGACCUGUUUUCCAGCCUGUUUGGGACAUUGGGCAUGAAACACCAGUAAAAAAAAGAAAACAAAAAGACACACACAGCUCUAGUGUACUGGCAACAGGGAAAGGAUUCUAGGCUAAUUUUGGUGGAAUCUGAAGUCUAUCGUAUAUGAUGACUUUCUCAAAUUCCAGCAGUUUCCCUUUAUAUUAAAAUAAUGAGGUUAUUGUAUAGUUUUUAGUGAUUAUGUUGCAUUACAUCAUGGUAUUGAUGUACAUAGAUGGGAAUUAGGGUUGGGGGAUACGACCCGUGUGACGAUAGAAAUUCACCCUAGGAUGGUGAAGGCAUAACUCACCCAUGUCUGCCUGUCUCUGGUUUGGGUUAUCCUUAUAUUCUUACCCUAACCCUAAUCAGUCUCUCUAAACAUGCCCAGUCCAACCAAGGAAUAGGGCUGGAUGUCAUUUCAAAAGUUACGAUACCAGUACCAACACCAGUUCCCUUAAAGUGAUACCAAUACUUAAUUCAAUACCCUGGUUUUGUACAUCAUUUAAUUUCCAUCAUGUGAAUGGAAACAUUGAGUUGCGUAAAUGCCAUCAGAUGCCAGAGUUUUGUAGCAUGUCUGCCAUCUCCCUCAAAUACAUCACGCUUGACUUCGCCACAACACAGACUGCUGCUGUGGUGGGCCAAUCACACAUUACAUUAAAUUGAAGACCGCCUGCAGUGAUUGGCUGUGAGCAACACCAUUGUAAAAGUCUUUUUUUUCAUGAUCUGGAUACAAAUAAGAUUGGAUGUUGGUAUCGAUUGACUGGAAAAGUUUUGAUACUAUUUGGUUCUGGGUUAUUCAGUCGAUACUUAAUGGUAUUGACCAUUACCCAGUCCCACCAAUGGACGCAACAAGUACUACCUAAUCAGAGGGAGAAUAGAGUGUGCCAGGGCUGACAUCAAAACCCGGAAGUUUAGCAUUGCGCUGGUUCCCGGAAGAGAAAGUGAAUGUAAUUUUUGCAUUGCGUUUUGGAUUAUGUCAGAAAAUAAGCUCUGUGGCUAACACAAGUUUAUGAUACUUACAGGUUUUGUUCAGCGAGAUAAUCUUCACAUAUGAACACCUUUCAUACCGCAUUUGAAGCUUAAAUGCGAUCGCCAGAAGUAAAAAGCUAACGUUAGGCUUUAACGGACUACAUGACUACUCCACGGUCGCAUGACUCUUGACGUCACCGCCACUAAGCUUUCAACUAAUUUCGGCCACUUUAUUUUAAAAACAUUGUAUAAUGGGGAAAUCGGACUGUUUAAGCUAAAUAAGAAGCUGUAAUGGCGGACUGCCAGCACUCUCGCCUGUUCGGGGGUGAUGACGUUUAAUGUCCCCGACAGGGUUUGUAGUCGUAUUGAGCAAGUUGUUAGCAACCGCCUUUUUUACGACACGUAAAAGCUUCAAAAUUCACAAGUAGGGUAUUUACUGACGUGUUUUAUGUCGUAGAACAAAACCUGAAACUCGCUUAAGCUUUUGUUAACCACAGACCUUAUUUGAGGCAUUUUACCAAAAUCCCAUUCAAAAACGUAUUGACUUUUAGACGAGAGAACCGGAAGUGCUAAAAGCGCUAACGGAGUUCCGGGUUUACUGGCACACUCUAUAGGGUGGGUCAUGCCUUCACCAUCCUGGGGAAGAAACACUGACAUUCAGGGCAGGUUAUGUAGCAAAUCUGGGUUAGAGUCUUGCAUGAUUUUGCAAUUCCCUACGUGAUCUUGCGAUUCUUGGGUGAUCUCGUGAUUAUUUUGUGAUCUUGCGAAUCCAGCUGCCUCACAAGGUAACAUGUUGAGGGCAGAUAUGAAGGAGGAGAGUGAAGCUGUGAAUACAAAAACAUGCAAAAUGGAAAUAACCACCAAAUCAUUUCUUAAUUGAGUUUACAGAACAAUCAACUACUGUAUCAUGAUAUAUAAACUAUUAAAGUGAUAUAAAAUCACAUAUACUGUGGCUCAACCCUAAUAUGGAUGCCCAAAUAUUAAACUUAAAUCAACACGUCCUUUGACAAACUUUAAUGUCAGCAUCAUAGGAAGUAGUAAUUAAUAAAGUUAUUGUUUCAUUGGAUUUAUUAGAUCUAAAGUAACACCUGCAGACAUUUAGUGAUUGUUAGAGCUUUAAAAAUAGUUAGCAGGUUUUUCUUGGCAACAGCAGCUUCUCUCUCCUCACUCUGCUCCUUUUACACAACCUAAACCAGAGGCAAUCUGUGAUGGCGCACAGAUAUACAGCUUGAUUCUGCUCUUUUGACACUGAGUGGGCAGCUGACUUCAUUGACUGAUAAAAUACUUGUCUUACAUCUGAACCAGCUUCCAAUUAAACUAAUGGUAUUAGUACGGCAGCACCAGACAACCCCCAUCUCAAGAAAAUGAUCGGAGGUAAUGUCAUAGUCAUCUUUUUUAAUCCUCCGCAACUCCAUUUGUUUAGACUUUUAUAUCACUUUGACAUCAGCGAUUAUGGGGUGGGACAAACACAUAUUUCUUGUUGUCUGUGGCUGUGGGGUAGAGUUUUGCUGAGAGCAAACAAAGAAAGCAGUAAUGAGUGUGUAUGAGAGCAGCCCGGGCGCGGGCACUUCAGCAGCUCAUUUCAAAGGCAAACACUCGUGGCAUUCAAACGACAAAACAGCAGUUCACACUGACAGGUAACAUUUUUUGUUUUUUAGUACGAGUACAUGGUGUGAAUUUAUCAGCUGUGCAGCUUUCUUCUUAGCACAAUCUGUAGCUGUCAACCCAGCCGUGAUUGGUUGUUUUUGAAGUGAUAUUUUUCCGUGAAGACGUUUAUUUCAUCCUGGGAGUCCUUUUCUUAGCUUUCUAUACAGGAAGUGACACAAUGACAGCUUGAUUAUUACCUUUAUAGAGGGAGGGUGCAUAAGAGCGGAGGUACGAUGCGCUAUAUAGAUUGGGAUCUUUCUUUUGUUCAUUGACCCUUGACAGAAAUAAUUCAAGGGCUGACAGUUUGAUGUGACAAUUAGUUGGUGUAUUUUCUGAAAAAUGACUUCCCAUGUAGUCCAUGGAGUUUCAUUAUGAGUUAAGCAUGCUUAAAAGAAACUUUGACUUUCAGAGUUAUCUAUAACACCAGUCCUAGUUGAUUUGAUGACACUCGUGGUUACUGUCGUAACAGCAUGUGCAGUGAAAUAACCUUAAUGCUGCAUUGACACUAUGAGCGACAGCAUCAGGCUACAAGUCAUUUUCAAUGGAGCUGGUUAAAGCUACAAACUGAUGCCUGACACUUGUCGCUGUGGACGCCUAUAACACGGUCAUUGCGCUACAUAUUAAUUGAGCUGGUCUUAACUUGUUUCAGCAUUUGAAUGAUGCCAAUUUAUUCAACCUUUAUUUAACCAGCAAUAGUCUCAAUGAGAUUCAAAAUCUCUGUUUCAAGGGAGUUCUGACCAAGACAGCAGCAUGAAGAAUUUCACAUAAAAGACCAAAAGCACAACAGCAAAAAGUUUAAACCAGUGGUUCCUAACUGGUCCAGCCAUGAGGUCCAGAUUUCUCCUUAGCUAUUAGUUUAAGGUCCACACUGUGUAAUACAUUCGGCGUCACACUUGGGAUUGGCCAUGUUGUCGAGCUAGUUUGCUGUCUGUUAUUCACUCACUCUACAGCAGGAAACAGUACUUCAAAAUAAAAGGUCUGUACUGGAAAUUUGGUUUAAACAAACAGCAUAAAAAUUCAUAAAUAAAAACAACCAACAGACUUAAAACAGAUGCAAUUUACAACAGCCAGUUGAAUGAGCAGUACCCGGACAGAUGCAUUCAGUGGUCAAAAGGUUGUCAAGCCUGUUUUUAAAAUCUCUCCUGCUAGAAUCUAGUUUAAGGUGACUCCAAGAUGAGGGAGCCAAAACUUCAAAAGCACUUUCACCAAAGAUAGUGUGGGUUCGGGGAAUCAUAUAUUGUAAAACGUCAAUUAGUAGCCCGAACUAUUAUUUGCUUAAAUCACUGAACUCAACAGGCUUAUAUAUGGGACAGGCCUUUAAUCCCUUUUCAACAAAACUUUUGCUCAGUAAAAACGGGAAACACUAUCAUUUUUUUUAUUCAAACCAGUAUAAAUAUCACUUGUCUAAGAAUUCAGCUUUGAAUAACAUAUCAAAUAUGAAUCAUUCAUUUAAUCUAGCUCCAACAAACAACACAUCAGAGAGGGAGAUUUACGGCACCCAGCAUACAGACACAACACCACUUCAUCCUGUUAAAACAAUAUUCAUAACUUUCAUUUUUAUGAAAAACACAUUCUUUGAUCCAUGGAUCUUUAUGAACGACAUAACGAUAUGAAUUACUAACAGGGUAAUUGAGGAAUGGACACAAAUUCUGACUUUAUGACAGCUUCAGAGGAAAGGAGUCGCUUGUUCUUUCGUCAUGGCGCUGAAUCUCAAUGAAUCACUGUCUUCUCUGGUGCUCAUGACUUCAGUAGAAUGAACUGAAUGAUUGUGUUGUGGAGAAUCUAAUCAAGCUAACAAUGUGUAGCAUCUCCAUAUCGACAAAAGUUUAUAGAUUUAUAUUUGUACGUGCAAUUUUUAACAGCUAACUAAUGUUAGCUCCAGUGGGUAGCCAACAACCUGUUUUUUUACAUGCAGAGAAAAAUGAACUGCUUGGUAAUCAUACCAGGCCUUUAUUUGUCAAAAUGUGUAGCCACACUGGGUUAGUAAAAAGGACUGGGCGUUUAAUCAGGACUAGGCAUUUUAUUGAAGUUUUACUAUACAUGAGUUGUCCACAUGACUGAGGGUUGCAGCUACCGAUAGUUUCAGGAGUUAGUAGAAAACAUAAAUAAGGAGGCAGAUCAUGUAAUAUGGAUUUAUAAAGGUUUACCAGUGUCCCAUUCUACAGUUGUAUGGAGAAGACAAACCAUCUUUCUCGUACAAACUGCAAUGAUGUAUAUGUGUAUGAAUCAGUGACAAAUCGCAGCGCAUGGUCCACGGAAUCUACAGGCAAGAUGUAUUUGCAUGCAUAUAUCGAAUGGCAUAUAAUCAAUUAGUUGACCAAUCAUGUUUUUGUUUCUAGCUGGGGUUCUGUGUUAUUUAGCCGAGUUAGCUGAGGCUAUGUUAGCUUUACUGUAUGUGCAUUGCGAUGCACACAGUGAUGUAAUGGAGCGGCAAAAUGUGUCAAAAUGAGGCUCAGAAAUUGAUCAAAAGCUUUGACCACAAACAAACUUUAGAUGACAUUUAGUCAAGGUGCUUUAUGGCAAGCAACAGACACACACAAGCCUGCGAUGACAUAACUACGUUAACGAGCUUCUGAGAAACACUUGGUGGUAAUGAAGCAGGUCAGGCUGUUGCGUUGUCGCCUGUAGUGUGAACACAGCAUAACACUCUCUGGGCAGCUACUGUGUCAGAAAUACAACACAAGGGCAGCUGCUGUGUCUGUUUACAGUGCAACAUGACAAAAUAACAUAAUUUUAGCAAGGAAAGCUACAAAUCUGCUGUUAAAAAAAGUUGAAAAUGGCCGAUGCCUUGUAUUAGAGAUACAUUAUUAAUAACACAAAAACAUAGCAUUAACUGCUUGACAGUAAAGCCAGGAGUGAACAGUAAACAGUGAGGCUGUUAUCAAUGAGAUAAAAUAAGGAACAGUAACAGUGGAUUAUGAACUGAAGCUUGUGAAGGCAAUUUGUAUGGCGGACCCCGCCACUAACAUUGAAAGCCUGUUAAUCAGAGAGGUAAUGACAGAAUGUAGAAAUAUUCAGUGGCUGAUUCUAAAUACUCUCAAAAAGGGGUUUGAUUUCAUAAGAAUCUGAAGGACUAUAAAUCAAAGAAAAGUUCACAAGUCAUCUCUAAGUCAAACUCUCCUGGAAUGUAAAGUCGGCCCAUUAUCUUCAGUAAUUUGCUCACGCACACCUCAAAGCACGAUCACUGACAGAAACUGAACACGCUCGUUUUACCUGGAGGCCAAAGCACGCGCUCAAUUAAAAGUUGACAAUCUGUACUUUUCUCUUCAGUGGAAACUUUUAGUGUGACAUGCAAGUUAGAUGAGUUUACAACUCUCAUGCAUUUUGAAGUUAAAACCCAGAAAUGUUUCCCCCCCUGAAACCCACACUCGUUUAAUCAUCACUCAUGCCAACCAGUGCGGUGACGAAAAUUCAUCAACAGAAGGUUAAGUGACAGAAAUUGCAAUUAUGAGUCAGUUAAGCUGUUUAACAAGCAGCAGAGGCAAACAUUCACUUGUUUCAACUCCUCAAAUAUUAGGAUUUGCUAAUUUUCUUUGUUUUAUAUUGUAGAUUUGGAUUUGAACUGUUAGUUGGAUAAAAAAAGCAAUUCAGUGUAUUGGAAAUGAUGUUUUUCACUUUAUUUCUCAGCAAGCGAAAUAACAAAAAGACAUAAUUGAGGAUACGUGGAAUCAAACAUCUUGCAGCGUCACAACGACAAGAAAAUUGUAAAUGAAAAGCACACAUGACCAGUUUCCAGCUGCACAACAGUGACAUUUUCAUAUCGUGUUCCGCUGUGAUGAAGGCGUGUAUGUUUCAUUUAACCUUGCAGACAUAAUUAUUUUUGUGUUUUUCCAUCUUCGAGUGGACUUGAGCAGGUAUUUUAUUUUGCAUGACGGAAAGAAUGAGGAUGGCAAUUAGCGCUUGUUGCUGAGGAUAAGCCGUGACUAUUAUCUCCUGCCAAGUGUAAAAUUAGUGUGAUUAUCAGCAAUAUUACCAUAGAAAUAUGGUAGGACGUGGAUAAUUUAAAGAUUGAAACCUAAAUGGAAGUUUUUCAAUCAGUCCAUCUGCACAUCCAGCAUUCAGUCGGAGAAGCGAGAAUUCACAACAUGUCAGCGAAGUUAAUUACUUCACCGAAUGCCUCCCAGCAGAGUGUGGAAUAAUAGCAUCAGGGGAGAGAAUGACUUUUCUUCUGUUGUAUUGGUUUUAUAGUACAGCAGAAUCUUUCUUAACCCCUAUUUCACUUUAAUUAGGCAUUUGCCCAAGAGACUUACUUUUUGAAAAACAUCUGUGCUCUUGUUAUCCCAAGGGCAGUAACCUUGCAGUAAGCGUUCCUUAUUCUCCCAUUGAUUACAAAGCGUGUUCAUUCAGAAUUGAUGACCUUAUUAUAAUGGGUGGUUUUACUCCGUCCUUGGGAAUGCACUCGUAGAAAAAACAUAUCUGAGACCAAUUUCUCACAGCGCAUGUUGACAUUACGAAGCACUUUGGGGGGAGGGUUUACUCUUGACAAAUAUGUAUGACUGAUAUCAAACUGCUGUCCUUAUAACUUUGGACUUCUUCAUAGCUGGAAAUGGAGACUAAUUUUUUACUACAAGGAAAAUAUGUACAUUAAUAUUAAUAGAAACAGGAACAUAUACAGAUUUAUAUGAUUAAAAGUGAAACAUAUAUUUGUGUGUGCUGUAUUUAUGGAGUUUGCAGCAGUGGUUGCAGUAAUGUUUACAGCGAUGACAAUGUAAUGGAAUAAAAGCUGAUCAAUAUGAAAAAAUAUGUCAAAAAAAUGUUCGUUUAUGAGGCAGGUUUUCUUAUUAGGAAUCAGAGGUGUGGACUCAAGUCAGACUUGAGGCAAAAAUUUGACAGUUUCAGAUUUCACAAAAUCUGAAAAGAUUUGCAGCUUGACUUGGACUUUAACACCAGCGACUCAUGACUUCAAUUGGACUUAAGGUUUUGGCUUGGAAAAUAACUGAUACCUUUCCCCAAGACCAAAGAUUAAAAAUAUAAAGUAUAAGUGUGCCACACAUCAAUUAAUUUCCCUUGAUUUCCUCAAUCAUUAUUGGAAUAGCAGGAAACAACAGCUUAAGGGUGCUUUCACACCUGCAAUGUUUGGUUCGGUUCAAUCCAACUCAAGUUUGUUUGCCCACAAAGUGCGGUUUGUUUGAGCAGGUGUGAACACAGCAAUCACACUCAAAACAACCAGACUGAGACCUUCUUGAAGAGGUGGUCUCGGUCCGGUUACAAACGAACUCUGGUGCGGUUCAUUUGUGGUGAGAACAUGUUCCGACCUGGAUCUGAACCAACUGCAGUCACAUGACACAUUGUUUGGGUUAAACAUGAGCAUGUUACAGUCCUGGAGGAUUAUUAAUGUGCACCUCCUCCUGUACUGCCUUAAUAUGCACAUUCAGCACAUCCAAUGCAUCAAAACAUUGUUUUCUAGUUGGAGCCGCGCCUCGUUUUCAAACUGUAUGGUUUGACUAAAAUGAACAAUGACAGCAAUAUAGUCCACGAUGAGCAGCGCUAAAAUCAACCUGCGUAGUUGUCCCUCCAUUGUGACAUUAGAAAGUGUCACAUUUAUCUUGCAAGUGUACUCUUCUUCAACGUCUUCCUGGAUUUUUCCCACAUGGAAAUUCUGACCAAUCAAGAGCAGCUUUCUCUUGCAGUUCAUUUUAUCUGGUCCUCAUAUAAAUGCUGCCGUGAGAACACGAACCAACCAAGGCAAUAAUGCAGCUUUGUGACAAAAUAAGUCCCUGAUUCAGACCAAAGCAAGACAACUCUAGGUCUGAAAGCAGCCUAAGUGACAGGAAACACCUUUUAAUGUGUAUUGGAAAGCUUGUAGGUGUGUCAGCUGAUACUGCUUGUUUGUGAGGCACUAUAAAUUGUCAUGAUGUAUCAGUUCUUUGACUUUCUCCCGGGUAAACCCUCAAUCCUAUCCUAUGUGUUGAGUCUCUUUAUUCCACAACAACAACGUCAUGUAACUUAGCUCCAUUGGACGUAACAACUUCAAACAAACUUGUUUUAACAAGUACAAAUAUUUAAAAAAAAAAAAAAAAAAAGUGAUUUUUAAAUUCUGUUGUUAAAAUGGUGUUAAGUUUGGUGAAGAGGGCAUUCAACUUUUUGAGGACUCGAAACUCAAAGUUUAGGACUUGUGACUUCACUUGUCUCGUCAUGUCUUGAGCACAAAGACUUGAGACUUCCUUGUGACUUGCAAACCAAUGACUUGGUCCCACCUCUGUUAGGAACUCCUUUUGUUUAUGUUUGGAUGAGGAAUUUUGUUUUUAAAUAUUGGCGUAUUGUUAUACUUUUUAAUGUCACAUUUAGAUUUAUUUGUACAUUGUUGAUUGUAUAAGCAGAUUUUGACUUUAGUUGAUUAGUUUUUUAUGUUUUGUGUAUUUUUGUGUCAUGUAAAAUGAUAAAAGACAUUUCUGGGAUGAACAAAUGCAAUCCCUGAAUCAGGGUUUACAUUAUAUCAACUGAAAAUGCAAUACUGUAAAACAUUUAAGAAUUCACGUACAGGGACGUUUUGCUUCUUUGCAUGAUAUGUUUGUAAAUCUCUUUUGUCUCUCGCUGCCUCCUUCAUCUAUUUUUCCCAUGUAAAUCAUAGUCUAAAGCCCAGCAGGGUAGCACUGUAUGCAAUGAAUUUUUUGUUUUAAUAAAUAAACAUGCAGCAUU